AGUUUCUUGACGAUGUAGGUGUACCUGACAAACAGACAGUUGGUUACAGGUAUAUUCUAUCUAAUUCUACCCAUGCCUGUGUACCACCUAGGUAUCAAAUGUAACUCAUAACAAAUCGUCCAUUCGAUUUUGCAUCGCGCGAAUGAGUUAAGUGUAUGUAACAAACACACAUCAUACACCUACCUACAUCCUCACAAACUCUUACGCAUUUAUAAUAGGUAACCGGCUGGCUGUAUCCAUUUCAUAGUAAUAAUAAUAAUAACAUAUCCCCACGCAAGCCUCUCAAAGGAUCGGACUAUGUGCCGUGAAUGCCAAAAGGAGAUACAAAUAAUAAUAGACGCGCACUGUAUGUAAUCCUUAAACAUAUAUAUGUAUGUGCAUCAUAAUAUCGGACCAACACAGUCAAAAUGAUACAUUGAUGAAAUCAUCGACGUUCUCCCCCCCACCCAUUAACGUUACACUCAUCGUUCAUUGUACGUUUCGCGCACGGCGUGUCUCUUUAUAACUAUAUAAGCGCGUGUUCCUUUUUUUUAAAUCAAACUCGCUCUCGCUCACUUACAGUGCGCUAGUGUCUUGUGUUUGCGCUCGUUUUAUUUUGUAAAAGAAUUUGCAAUUAUGUCUGGACGCGGUAAAGGUGGCAAAGUCAAGGGAAAGGCAAAGUCCCGCUCGAACCGUGCGGGUCUCCAAUUCCCCGUGGGUCGUAUUCAUAGGCUCCUACGCAAGGGCAACUAUGCCGAGCGAGUCGGUGCUGGCGCUCCCGUUUACCUCGCCGCCGUGAUGGAGUACCUGGCCGCUGAGGUUCUCGAGUUGGCCGGCAACGCUGCCAGAGACAACAAGAAGACCAGAAUCAUACCGAGGCAUCUGCAGCUGGCCAUCCGCAACGACGAGGAGUUGAACAAACUUCUGUCCGGAGUCACAAUCGCCCAGGGCGGUGUACUGCCCAACAUCCAGGCGGUGCUCCUGCCCAAGAAGACCGAGAAGAAGGCGUAAACAUUUACGACACCUUCGUCACCCUCACCGCCACCGUGCGUGUUGUUGUUGUGUUUCGUGUUGCGUACCUUGCCGCUGUUACGCUACAUAUAUGCUGCCGACGCACAACGGCCGGUGGUGGUGGUGAUGAUGGACGAUGCACUGCGCCGCCGUCACUCAUGGCUGAUGGUGAUUUUAGAAAAAAGGCCCUUUUCAGGGCCGCAAUAUGAUUCGAGGAACAAUAGUAUAUGUUCGUUUCUGUUGAUACGACAACAAAGAGUUCGAGGCCCGGUAUACAUACAUACAUCAUGACGUAUUAUUUAUUUAUUUGAUUGAUUGAUUAUCACACAUACACGAUAGGUAUAGGUACUAGGUACUAUCAAUAUAGACACAAUAAAUAAAUAAAUA